AUGCCAAAUACAGUCGAGGGUAUAGGACGAGGCGAUGUGAUCUCCGCGCUGUCCCCACACGACACUGCAAUGAUGCCCGCUUUGGUAAAUUAUGCACGGAAUCGUAGUGGAGAGUUCAACACUGAAGAUUGGUAUCAAUGGUCCUUUGAAGUCGAAUGCCCAUACUUGAACCCAUCUGUCGCAUGUUCCAGUUGCAAUACGAGUAUCGUCGCCGGUAUGGUCAUAUAUUUAGCUUGCAUCAAUUGGAAGAUGGAGCAUGCCUCCGUUGUUUUUGGGGAACAGGCCACCCUUGUUGUUGGAGGCAGUGACACAGGGAAGAUUCAUAUUUUUGACAAGAAUGAAGGCAGCAUUAAGCAAGUACUGCAACACGCGGACAGGGGGCGAGUACAAACCGUAACAUGCAAGACGUAUGAUAGCACACACCACAGCCUGAUUUUUGGAGCAACAUCUACCAAUGACUCAGAGCCGACAAUCUCCAUCUGGUGUCGCAAACGUGAGACAUCAGCAAGUGACCAUCCUCUGGGGACGGCGAUCAAGAAUUUUGUGCGUGGAAUAGUCCAGCUAGCUAUCACAAUGGCGAUCAUGGCAUAUUUGAUUGGACAAACAUCGGGGAUCACAUUGCUGGGAAAUGCCUGGCGAGAGUAUUCAAAGCCGGGGGCUCAAACGGAUGAGCUAACGAAUGCUGACAUCUGUUCCUUGGUAGAACAGUACAUUGAGGCACAGAGGGGUGAAGAACUUGAGAGAGCGUGA